UCACCAUCCAUACUUCAAAUAGCUAACAACUCCUUUGCCAUCAUUCGAAGCAAAAUGCAUCAGUCCACGUUUGCACUCACACUUUGCCUACUCUCCAUCACGGUCUUCUCGACCGAUGGUUACGCACCCAACUACUACUGCUCCCCGAGCCUCUGUCCGCACGGUGGCCCCAACGUAGGCUGCAACCCACCGCCCCUCUCCGGGGGUCACUUUUGCUACGGCAAGCUGCCGAGCGUGGUGCCGAUGACCCCGGCUGUCCAGGCGCACAUCCUGCACCUGCACAACUACUACCGGUCGCGGGUAGCAUCCGGCUACCAGUUCCCGCUCGGACCGGCCGCCCGCAUGUACACGAUGGUGUGGGACGACGAGCUGGCCGCACAGGCCGGGAACAAUGCACGCUCCUGCGUCUUCGCCCACGAUCGGUGUCGCAACACGCCCCAGUUUCUCACCUCCGGCCAGAACAUCGCGCUGCUCAAGUACUACGAGCCGGGAGCGUACACGGUGACCGAUCUGAUAACGCGUUUCAUCGGCGGCUGGUGGAAGGAGAACAAGAAGGUGAAGCCUGCCUACAUUCAGGCGUUUCCACGAUCACAAGUUAAAAACAUUGGCCACUUUACGAUGCUGGUGAACGAUCGCACCUGGAAGGUGGGAUGUGCGAUGCAAAACUGGAGCGAGGGAGCCGCCACGAAGGUGUACUUUGUGUGCAACUACUCGUACAACAACAUCGUCACGCAGGAGGUGUACACGGUGGGUCGGGCGGGUUCGCAAUGUCAGGCGGGCCUGAAUCCAAUCUAUCCCGGUCUGUGCAGGACGUGAGAUGAUGGUUUGCGUUCGUUCGUGCAAUCGUGUUGUGUAUGGGAAGAUUUUCUGUGAAAAUCAAUAAAUUAUAAAAGGAUACAGCUAAAA